AUGCAAGAAACAUAUUUGCGCAAGCCACGGAUAGUAUAUCGUACUGGUGUUCCAAAUCCGCUUACCCUUGAUCAGUACAGCGCAGUAUUGGAUAAGGUUGAGAGAAAUCGAAACUUGAUUUGUACAAAUGGACCUAUGUAUCGACCAGAAGGUGGUACUAUUGUCGUAUAUGACUGUACACUUUACCCUCGUGGUACUUUAAGUGAUGACCAAGUGCGUCGAACAUUUCGCGUUGAUGGAUAUCGGUGGGGAAAUUCUAAGGGGGUUCAUAAUUUGAGCAACGGAUUGCAGAAACGAUAUAACUUACUUUACAGUAAAAAAGACCAACACGGUGAUGACAGAUUUAUACGUUGUGAAUAUUCGCGAGAACCUUGUGGUUUGGUACUUUUCCAUUAUAUUGGGGAUCAUGUGGUGGCAAGUCAGGUUUCUGACAGUGCACCGCAUGGAAAUGCUAAAAGAAAUCAACAGCCAUUUCUUCGUACUUUACCAAUUUUAUUGCAAGAAGUAAAGGAACAAACUAUCUCAAGCACUAAUGCGGUUGAAAUUUAUGAUCGAUUGACGGAACAAAGUAUAUAUGAUCAGUGUGCAAGCAGCUCACGAGUUACUCCACGGAGAUUACGUAAUAAAGAGCAAGUAAGGAAUGUGAUGAAAUCUUUCCGGCAAAAGUUAGCUCGAAACAGUCUGUAUAUUCAGCCGCGACCGAUACCAUUGUACGUCACCGACGAAGUACCAGCUGGAGAAGGUGUUAUACAAAGAGCUGAUUCAGAAGUGAGUGAAGAUCAAGUAGAAGUUGUUGACCACAGUGUUUAUGAAAACCUAGGAGAGAUGUCGGAAAAACAGCAACCAGUUGUGCUGAAAAGAGCACGUUUGGAUGAUGAUACAGACUCCAGUUAUGCUCAAAUUGAUGUAACAACAUUCGAUAACUUGAAAAUGCGUGAACCGUAUGGGCCCGAUCAUAAAUUCAUUCGGCAAGGAGGGAAAUUUCAUCUCUUAAUUGGUAUUACUGGAUCAGUGGCAUCAAUGAAACUUGCUGAACUUCUUAUAGAACUUAAUAAAAGUAGUCCUGAAGGAAAGUUGGUUAUUCGAGUUGUAGCAACCGAUGCGGCACGAGUAUUCAUUGACGAAUCUACAUUUGAAGUACCUAUUUAUAGUGAUAUGGAUGAAUGGAAUAUGUGGAAGAAACGAGGAGAUCCAAUUUUGCACAUCGAAUUGAGAAAGUGGUCUGAUGCGAUGUUAAUCGCUCCAUUGGAUGCAAAUUCGCUGGCUAAAAUUGCAAAUGGUAUAUGCGACAAUUUAUUGUUGUCUAUUGUUCGCGCAUGGGAUCCACGAAAACCUUUAUAUUAUGCUCCGGCAAUGAAUGUUGCCAUGUGGGAAAAUCCGCUAACUUAUCAGCACCGUAAAGUUUUAAAAGAACUGCUACGCUAUAAGGAGAUACCACCGAUAGAAAAAGAAUUGAUGUGUGGAGAUACGGGCUUAGGUGCUAUGGCAACAGUACAGAUGGUAGCAUCGAUUCUUGCCAGUGAAGUAAAGAACCGUUUUGCGGUCUAUUCCGAUAAUUCGGCAUCAUGA